AUGCCUGGUACGCAGCUCUGUGUGACAUCGUGGCAGCUCAUCGCGCUGCCGCGGCGGGCAGCGUGGCCGGCACGUCGCAUCGCUGCGCGCACCGGCCUCGGCCAGCAGGUCCCGAGAGCCUGUCUGCCGGCCUGUCUGCCGGGCUCGUGCUCGAAGGGCGCGGGCUCGCAGAUCUCCGUCUUCAGCAUGGCUGUUGGACAGCCGUUCGAGCGGCCCAAGCUGCUGGCCCUCCGAGAGCAGCUGCUGCACGUCGCGCAGGAGGUGCUGCAGCAGGACAUGGUCGGCACGAGGCCCCAGAGGCAGCGGAGGAGGCUUCCUGAAGGCGCUUCCGACCCGCGGAUGCCUCCAGCGCCCCCGAUCGUGCCCGAGGCCACGGGCGUCACUGGAGAGCUUCCCAGGGAGAUCGUCUCCAGUGAGGAGCACUCCACGGCGCGCUCCUCGCGCACCAGCAGCGCGCGGCGGCGGCCCUCGCGCCCGGGCUCGAGCCGCCAGCCGGCGGCGAGCGGCAACGCCCCGCCCGCCGACGCCGUCGACUUAGGCGACCUUGCGAUGGUGGAUGUCAAGCUGCAGGCGGGCAUGCUGCGGUCGGCCACGCCGGAGGGCGAGCUGGCCCCCGAGGAGGCGGAGAAUUUCUCUCGGCUGCCGAGCCUGAGAGCAGCGAGCAGGCAUGCCGGCGGCUCGGCCACGCCAGACGGCUGGACCCACCUGCCGCAGCCUCCCGCGACGGCGCGGUGA